CCGGCCAUGGGCGGGAGACACGUGGCAAGAGCGCUGGUGCUGGCUGCUACGGCAGCGAUGGCGGCAGGAGGCCGACUAGGGCUUCCUGUGAACAGAGAAGCCGUCUUCGGGAGAAGGAGGGAGUCCUAUCCCUACAGCUCCAGGAUGUAUCAGGGCAACCUCCAGUCUAGGUUCGGUGAAAGUUCAGGUGGUUUUGGACCUAGGAGGAUGGGACCAGGCUCGAGCUUCAGUCCUCAAGGAGGCAUGCAUCCUGGAAUGAGCUCAGGCAUGCACUCCCAUGGCAUGAACCCCGGAAUGUUCAGCCAGCAUGGGGGCAUGCAAGGGCACAUGCAGCCUGGAAGCGCUUUUAUGACUGCCGGUGCCGCCGCCGCAGGAGCAGCGAUCGGAGCUGCUGGCGUCUCUGCAUUCUCUGGACCUAUCACGAGCAUUGCUAAGCGUCAGCAAGGACUUCAGAAGUCUAUCCCGAGCGAGGAGCAGAAGGAGGAAGCGAGGGGAGAGAUCAUGAAGGCUGUAGAUCAACUGGACAGCCUCAAGUCCAGCAUCGAGUACAAGAAAUCCUCAAGCAACUCCACCGACACUCGCCGCAGGGUUGGACAGGAGUCUGAUGAUGAGGUGAACAAGCGUCUGAGCAGCUUUGGUCGUAGGCAAAGGAUGAUCGACCAGUACAGGGGCAUGGCUGGACGAUCUCACACCAGGUUCGGUGGCCUCAGCCUCUUCCGCCGCGGGUACUCAUGGCUGAGCUCGAGGAACAGCAGCAACGUCACAGUAGGAUCCAACGAGACUGCAACAAGAGCCGUUGAGGGUGCGGGACAGAGUGCUGGAGGCGAAGGCAAUGCAUCAAGGGCUGGUGCUCUUUCUGCCCAGAGCAACCAGUCCAACUUGAAGGAGGGCAUGAAGGCCGUCGAGCAGUCGGAGAAGAAGACUGAGACCUUGUCUGCUGAUUCGAAGGUGCGCAACACUACCUCCAACAGCGACAACAAGCAGAGCAGUUCCUCGUCUUCGUCCUCAUCUGCUACCAAGGAAGGAACCAAGGAGGCGGGAGAGAAGUCUGAGGCAAAGUCCGGAGAGAAAGCUGAAGUAAAGGGAGAGAAAACGGAAACCAAGUCCGGAGAAAAAUCGGAAACUAAGACCGAAGAAAAGGCCGAAGCUAAGUCCGGAGAGAAGUCCGAGGCAAAGUCUGGAGAGAAAGCUGAAGUCAAGGGAGAGGAGAAGGCAGGUGAGAAGGAUGCCGCCCGCAAGACCUCCGAUGGCGAGAAAUCCAAGUCAGAAUCAGCCUCCUCGUCCUCCAGCUCUGUCGAGCAGAAAUCUGAGCGUUCGUCCGAGAAGAAAUCUGAGAACGCUGAAUCCUCAGACAAAGAGAAGAAAUCCAGCUCCUCGGAUUAAGUUCACCCUUGUAGUGUGAAAAGUUUACCGGCGUGCACGUUCAUGCUACUGUAGUAAGUUAUAAACCAAAUUCAAACUUCU